UGUAACUAAUUAUGUAGGCGUGUCUUUUGUUUUGGCGGGGAAGCACAAGAAGACUGAAAAAGCUGAGUAAGCUUUAACGAGCACACAUGUCGUCGAAGAUCAGUAGAAAGAGAACCCGAGAUAAGACUUCACCAAUAACUAAGUUCUUUGGGAGGAGUAACAUUGGCAGCAUAAAACCAUUAAAGAGGGAGAGAGCUAGUUCCCGCGAAAGGUCUCCCAAGCCAAAAGUGUUGAUGGCUGAAGAGAAGAAGGCAUGGUCAUCUUCGUUGGUGCGUCCCAGCCUUGGGUCUGUCAUGUUUAUAUCUGAAACAAGAGCCCAACAGUCAGGAUUACCGGAACCAAAGAAACGACGCUGCUCGGUAUUGACUAGUUUAGGCAGUGAUGAGGAAAUGAUGGAAGAUUUACCGUUAAAUAAAUCGGCUUUACCCGACCAUUUACAGAGUCCGCCCUGUAGUAGCUCUGACAAUAGCGACGAUGAUUUGAAGCCUGUCAAUUUUGGGCCACCUGCUAAGAAAUUAUUGCUUGAUUUAAACUCUGACGGAUUACAUGUAGUUGAAAAUAAAGUCAUAGUAAACGAGAAUGGAGUUAAUGAUUAUGAGAAAAAAGCGUCUAUAGUGAAUGAUAAACUAAAGGAUAUCGCUAUAUGUUCUCCAUCAGAGAGUUGUUUUAAGAAUCCUAUUAACACACUUUUACCUCCUCCACAGAUGUCACUCAAAGAAGUGUUAAGUUCAUGUGACUCAAGCUAUGAUGAAGCUCCUCCUUAUGAAAGAGAUUUGGAACUCUUGGUCAUAGCAAAUGGUCUUGUGCCACUUACCACAUCACAGGUUGAUGAUGUUCACUUAUUCAACACUGAUCAAAUGAGUAGACUUAAUUUGCUGCUAACAGAGUUCUUCUCAGUCUCUAUGCGUCUCAACGAGUCCAUUGAUUAUGCGAUGAUGAACAACACUCCUUACUGUAUGAUACCAGGUGAAUCCAUGAUUAAGCUAUGGACAAUAGUCACCGAAGUUAAGGCUGAUGCAGUGCCAGAUGAUCAAAUGUAUCAUUUAGUAGUCGAGUAUUUCCAGUCGCUAGUAACAACUCAUCCACCAACCCAGAGCAGUGUAGUUCGUGAGCAGUAUCUGCUAUUCCUCCGAAGCAUAAAGUCAUCUUUUGUCUCCUUGCUAAUUUCAAAGGAAAAGUGGAAGGUUGAGUUAUUGUCUGUUAUUGUGAGUCUUCUUCUAUCAGAUUAUUAUCAUCUUAAAAAUAAAGAGUCUUCUUUGCCACUUUUUGUUCCUCUUUUCUGGAAAGAAGGCGUUAAUCUUAUUAAUAGUGAUAUCAGAGGGUUAAUACAAACUUCAGUUGAUGUAUAUAAAACUCAAGAUAGCUCCAUUAAGUCUCUACAGAUGGACAUAUUGACCCAAUUGUUCUUUCUCAUUUAUACCGAAUGUGAAGACCUUAAAUCAGAUCUCUCCAUCGCUUUCUCUUCCCUUUCACCUCACUCUCUUGUAACUGCUGUCUCAUCUCUUCGACCUCUUAAACUCAGAGACUACAUGUACACAAGGAAUAGCAUUACACUACCUGACUCAUUCACACACCAGUCAAUGGACAUAUAUUUAUUAAUAAAUUCAAGUGCCUCAUAAAUUUUGUUAUUUUCCCCUAGAUUGUUGUAUGCUGUUCCACUUAUUUACAUGUGCCAGUAUAGCUUUACAACAUUUUUAUUGAGUAUUAUUAUUUCUUUUUAUAAUAGUAUAGAGUUUCAUUUGUGUUGCAUUAUUUAGUCGUAAUAAUUAUUAUCAUUU